AUGAACAACAACAGAAAGAAGAUACCGCAGAACAGAAAGAAGGAGUUCCAUAGACACAACAGCUACAAUAACAAUAACCAUAAUCAUAAUCAUAACAAUUAUCAUAAUGGUAAUAGCAAUAAUCAACAAAACAACAACAACAAUAACAACAACUCAUAUCAACCAAGAAAACCUACACCUUCAAUCCAAAGCAUACAUGAAUUCACACCUGCUCCAAUAUAUUCUCCCCUGGAAUUAACUUUACCUUAUUUAUACCCUAAACAACCGUCAACUCAUAAAUUUAAUGAAUUACCAUCAAUAAAACAACGUCAACCUGCUAAAAUUUCAUCGCCAUUAAAUAUAUUACAAUCUACAUUCAUGGAAAAUUUACAAGGAAUUAAUCCAAAUAGAGAAAAAUUAGAAUCAAUGGAUCCUGCUUUGAAAAUUAUUAUUCAAAAUAAAAAAAAUGCUAAAAAAUUUAAAUUAGGUACAUUAGAAAUUGAUAUAACUAAAAAAACAAAUAUCUUGAAUAAUCAACAACAACAAGGUCCAAAUAAAUUAAUUAAUAAAUUUUUACAAAAUGAAUCUUUAUCAACUCCUUUGAAAAGAAAUCGUGAUGAAAUUGUUGAUGCAAGUUCCUCCAUAAAGAAAAAUAAAAGAUUAACUGAAGUUCAACAAGAUACUUCAUCAAUGGAAUUAAGUUUUGAAGGGAAAGCAAUGGAUAAAAAUGAUUAUGCUAAAUUAGUUGAUGAUAGUGGAUUAAUGAUUGAUGACUCAAUUUUACCAAUUGAUGAACAUCAACAAUCAAAUCAUCAACAAUCUCAACAACAAAAUACAUUUGAUACGAAAAAUCUUUUACAAAAUACUGAAUUUAGUUUUGAAUUUAGGAAAUAA